AUGUUGGGUCGUGCAACUAGAGCAGUGGAGAUGACGCGAGGUGGCCGAGAGGGAAAUAAUGCGUUUUUGAACUUUGAGUCGCAGACUGAGUGGGAGUCAGGAAAAGAUCUCGUAAUGAAUGAAAUGAGUUAUAAAGAUUUAGUCAAGGUGUCUAAGGAACCAAAUAUCUCAUCUGCCGUCAAUCUUAAUGUGAACUUCAUGGACGGCAUGGUGGUCGUAGCCGCAAGGAUGGGUUCGCUGGAUGUGGCCAGUGCUUUUGCUGAAGGACCCGCAAGUUCAAAUGGCCACGAAAGAUCAAAAAAGCUGGCGCUUGGAUGUUUUAGUUCAAUCCUUCAAGUCAUAGCUCGUUCUCUUGGGAACCUCGAAAUCGCUGAAAUCCUAAUCGCCCAUGGUGCUCUCAUCAUGGCAAAAGAUCACAAGAAACGUACAGCUUUAUCGCAUGCUAUCAUUAACGGACAAGAACAUUGCGCGGCUAUGUUACUGGCAAAAGGAGCUGACUUUCUCAAGGGUGAUUCUUCCAACAACACACCUGCACACUAUGCUGCUGCUUACGGUUGGCUAGAAUGUCUAAAGCUUCUGACUAGUGUUGAUCCGAGCUGCCUCAAGCAAGAUAAUGAUUGGAAGCUAACACCACUAUCCAUUGCUUACCUUAAAGGCCAUUAUGGAAUUGUGCAAUGGCUUCUGGACGAGAUGUCCGAAUAUGUGGUUAUUAAUGGGAAGGAUAUGGAAGGUGUGACGCUGUUGUCAUCAUUACUGCGUUAUACUGACGAAGAUGCGCAAAGCGAACUUCUUGAGCAGAUGCAAUACUUACUGUCCAGGUAG